AUGGCAACUGAGAAGAUCGAGGGCCAGAGCGACAUCACGCCAACGACGGCCGAAGAAUGGCAGCGGAAAAUUGCAUCAUGGUCGCCAGAAGAGCGAGCAGAAAAGGAGAAGAAAUUUCUAAGAAAGAUCGACGUUCACCUUCUCCCUAUUCUGAUCGUCAUGUAUAUCAUGAACUACAUCGAUCGAAACGCACUCCCACAGGCUCGCAUCCAAGGGCUUGAGGAAGAUAUUGGACUUGUCGGUUCGCAAUACAACGUGGUUCUUUCUGUGACCUUCAUCGGCUACAUUCUGAUGCAAGUGCCCUCCAACAUGGCUCUAGGCCUUGUCCGACCAAGCUGGUAUCUCUCUGCAGUGAUGAUUGCCUGGGGUGUGGUCAGUGGCUGUUCAGGUGUAGUCAACAGCUUCGCUGGUAUUGCAGCAUGUCGAUUCUUCUUGGGAAUUACUGAGGCCCCUUUCUUCGCCGGUGUUGCUUUCCUCUUCAGUGGCUGGUAUACGCGCAAGGAGCUAGGAAUGAGAUUGGGAAUAUUCUUCUGCGGAGCGAUGUUGAGCGGUGCAUUCGGUGGCCUGUUUGCUGCUGGAAUUGCAGCUGCUUUCAAGAACAACAAAUGGCCCUCCUGGCGCUGGUUGUUCAUCAUUGAAGGAAUCGCCACCGUUGUCUUCGCUUUCGCCACGGCUUUCAUCAUUCCGGACUGGCCUGCAACGACAAAAUGGCUGUCGGAGGAAGAGAAAGCAUUGGGUGUUGUUCGCCUCGUUGAAGACGCCGGUGAGGAAGAAGAGGAUAUCAGCGUCUUUCAGUCACUGAAGCUGGCUGCUAAGGACUACCGUGUUUGGCUUUGCAUUCUAGGACAGAUGUCCGUUCAAGCCGUCGCAUCUCUCACCAAUUUCUUGCCAACCCUCGUGAAAGAGUUUGGUUUUGGUACCAUCGAAACACUUCUUCUCACCGCUCCACCAUACAUCCUCACCGCGAUAUUCUGUCUAUUCAACACCUGGUAUAGCGACCGAACCUCCAUGCGAAGCCCUCAUAUCAUAUACCCAUCCAUUGCUUGCAUUAUUGGCAUUGUAAUCACAAUAGCUACUACGAACCAUGCGGCCAGAUUCUUCGCUCUCUAUUUGAUGUUACCUGGCACAUACGGCUGCUUCCAGGUAUCGAACGCUUGGAUGGCGAAUAUCGCUGCUAGACCUCAAAAGAAGAGAGCCAUCGCGCUGGCCAUGAACAACGCUCUCGGUAACACUGCAUUGGUCUGGACGCCCUAUCUGUACCCCAAGAGCGACGGACCGCGAUACACGAUGGCAUGGAGCGUGAACCUCGCGCUGUCGGUGGUUACGCUAGUCUCUGCCGUGGCACUCUCCUUCUGCCUCAGACGGGAGAACAAGAAGAUCGACGACUUGAACGCUGCUGGGUACGCAGUUGAGGAUAGCCAUGAUGAGAAAGCCCAGACAACCGGAUUCGAAAGAGUUGGUGCCCCUGUUGUUCACUACAGAUAUGAUAUCUAGAGGUGGACACCUUUGGUGGAAAGUCCACUGUAAGAGGCAAACGUACAUGUAAUUAAGACGGGAUGCUCG